AUGAUAAGGUCAUCAACUAUAUCAACUGAAGCCGCCUUGGUGCCUAACGAAAAGGUUUUGGAUACGAUGUCGUCAUACAACGAAGAUGGUGCAAAUUAUAGCGUGCUUGAUUUAUACGACGACGAUGAAGAAGACGGCAAUGGCUCCUUACUAGAACAAAAUGAAAUACUGACGACACGUGAGCUUGAGAAAGCAAAGGCUUUCACGAGCUUAGUGAUGGCAGAUCCCGAGAAUUUUGAUAGAUAUGGAUUUAGUAAAAAAAGCUAUUUUAUACUACAGGAAGAAUAUGAUAAAUGGUUGGUUGAAUACAGUAGAUACAGCGAGAGAAGGAAAAAAAAAUGGGAGAACCUUUUAUCGAAGAAUAAAAUCAACCUCAACAAUGAUAACCCGCUAACGUAUCCUGCAAGAAGUGAAGAGUUGAAAAAAUUUGUUAGGAAAGGAAUACCAGCAGAAUGGAGAGGGAAUGCAUGGUGGCAUUUUGCGGGAGGGCAAGAAAAACUGGAUAUCAAUGUUGGAAUGUAUGAUAGAUUGAAGGAAGAUUGUCGUGCGGGCGCUGUGUCUGGGAAGGAUAUGGAAGCUAUAGAGAGAGAUAUUUAUCGAACUUUCCCCGAUAACAUUCAUUUCCACAAGGAAUCUUUUCAGAGGGGGGAGCCCGCGAUGAUCCAGUCGCUACGUCGAGUCUUGAUGGCGUUCUCUAUUUAUGACGGGGCCAUCGGAUACUGCCAAUCGAUGAAUUUUCUUGUGGGCUUGCUGCUAUUGUUCAUGGACGAAGAGAAGACAUUUUGGAUGUUGGUUAUAAUCACUGGCAAGUAUUUACCUGGAGUGUAUGAAUCCGAUCUGGAGGGCGCGAACGUGGACCAAGGGGUGCUAGUGCUAUGCAUCAAGGAAUACUUACCUGAAAUAUGGUCGCACAUAGAAUCAUCGUACAUGAACGGCAACGGCAGUACGCGCCAGAUACCAAGGCCGAAUCCGGAGGAGCAGUAUCUUAGUAGAUUGCCUACGCUGACUUUAUGUACAGCAAGUUGGUUUAUGAGCUGUUUUGUCGGGGUAGUGCCCAUUGAGACGACGCUGAGAAUAUGGGACUGUUUGUUUUACGAAGAGUCGCAUUUCUUAUUUAAAGUAGCGCUAGGAAUAUUGAAAUUAAGCGAAAGCGAGUUUUUGGAGAGCAAAAGCCAAAAACUGUUCAGGCAAUACUCUUCGUACACGUUUGGAGGUGGCAAUGAUGCAGACUCGAGUUUCAAAAGGCUGAAAAAUAAGAUCAAGACACAGGAGGAGGCGGAUAUGGAGAUUUUGCAGGUGAUUCAGAACUUUCCCAAGCGUCUGCUGAACCCGAACGAAAUCUUCGAGAAGAUAUUGAUGAAGAAGAAGAUUUCAUUAAAUAGCAUUAAUCAAGAGACAAUCGAUCGCGGCAGGGAGUAUGUGGCGAUGGAGAGGAACAGACAAAGGGCAAGUAGCCGCCCAAAGGGGAAAAGGAACUAA